UGCAAAUCAGAGACUACACAGGAAGACCCAACAAACCAACAUUGUUCAGGAGCAGAAGUGGGACUGCCGUACUUCCUCUUUACCUCAGAGCCAGCUUUGCCUAGACAGGUGUGUCCGUCAUGGGGCUGGCUCUAUCCAAAGAGGGACAUCAAGAGGACUCCCACGGUGGUUCUGAUGGGCCUGGACUCAUCUGGGAAGUCCACCUUGCUCUUCAUGCUCCAGACAGGGGUGGUGAUGGAUACUUCCCCCACCGUGGGCUUCAACGUGGCGACCCUGGAUCUGAACAAGAAGACGGCCCUGACUGUGUGGGAUGUGGGCGGACAGGCGAAGAUGAUGGCCAACUGGAAGUACUACCUGGAGGGCUGUAAGGCCAUGGUGUUCGUGGUGGACAGUAGUGACCGGGCCCGUAUAGGGGAAGCUCAGAAGGCUCUGAAGAAGGUCCUGUCAGACGACAACAUGAAGGGAAUACCUCUGAUGGUGCUGGCUAACAAGAAGGACCUCCCCAACUCCAUGAACAUCAGAGAGGUGUCCAACCAGCUGGAACUGCCCAGCUACAAAGACCGAGCCUGGGAGAUCCAGGCAUGCAGCGGCCUGAAGGGAAUGGGGCUCCAGCAAGCCUUCCUCUCUGUGGCCAAACUCAUCAAGAAGAGCUGAGAGGAGACACAUCAGUGGAGAUAUCACUGUGUGAGAGACACUUGACAAGUUGGAGAUACUGAGAUAUACACACACACAGUGAGGGAAAAAACAUUUGAUCCCCUGCUGAUUUUGUUUGCCCACUGA